AUGAACGUUCCUACUCGACGCCUUGCCAGGGCCGCUGUGAGCGCUGCUACACCCUUGCAAUGGCGCCUUGCAAGCUCUUCACGCCAAGCUGUGAAAACUCCUCCAGCUCGGGCCCCCCCAGCACCCCGUGUUACGAAGUCAUAUAAACCUACACAAAAGCCCGGCACCUCUUCCAAUGCAUCCUCCCCCCCGCCACCACCACCACCACCACCACCUCCUCCAAAAGCCGAUACUCUCCUGGAUAUCUGGCGCCGUGCCUGGCUUCCCCUAACCGGAGCUUCCGUCCUCGCCGGCUUCCUAGGCUUCUACAUCUUCGGCACCACAGUCGCAUCUAUCAAAUCCUCCCCUUGCUCCUCCUCUUCUCCCUGCGAACAUGCCACACCCACCGGCCGGCCCCCCGCCCUGAGCGGCGACAAUGCCGAGCAGUUCGACAAGGAACUCAAUCUCCCCGAGUGGUGGAUGGGCAUUACAAAGCUGCGCAAGAGGCUCGCCGCACACGCAAAGGGCAAUGUCCUCGAGCUCGCCAUGGGCUCCGGCCGAAACCUCGAAUACUACAACUGGGAGCCUCUAAGCACCGCCGUCGAGGCCGCUAGGACAGGCAAGAUCCCCCCGCCAAAGGUACCCCAGGGCAUCACAUCCUUUACAGGCCUCGACAUAUCCGUCGACAUGCUCGAUGUGUCACGAAAGAGCCUCGCCAAAUCCGUCCCGCCCAUGUCUUCCUCCGCGCCAAUCGUCAAGACCUCGUCCAUGGCGGACCAUACAGGUGGCCAGCUCUCCUUCUUGGAUGGACACGUCCGCCUCGUCAACUCCGAUGCUCACCACCCGCUACCACCUCCUGCUCAUACAGAUAAAUACGACACUAUAAUCCAGACUUUUGGCCUCUGCUCCGUCUCCGACCCUGUCACCGUUCUUUCCAAUCUCGCUACCGUCGUCCGACCCGAUACCGGCCGCAUAGUCCUAUUAGAACACGGGAAAGGUUAUUAUGGCCUUGUGAAUGGCCUGCUUGACAAAAAUGCUGGAAAGCACUUUGCAAAGUAUGGAUGCUGGUGGAACCGUGAUAUCGAAGCCAUUGUCGAGGAUGCCGUGAGCAAGACGCCGGGCCUAGAGGUGGUGAAGCUUGAGCGGCCAAACAUAACACAGAUGGGAACGCUGGUUUGGAUCGAACUCAAAAUGGCAGCCAAAGACAAGGCGGUAUAA